GAACCUUGAUCCUACAGUUAUAGCCUCCAUCACGCACGAGGAGACACGUCGACAUGGAUCCUCAGGCCUUCCUCACUGAAAAUCGUGGAGAAUUCCCCAAGGACUACGAUUAUGACAUUCAGGCAACCAAGGCGUGGAUGGAGGCGAAUUGGAUGAAAAAUUGUGCCGCAUUUGUGAUCCUGUACCUCGUAGGCAUCGUCGUCUUGAAGCGAUACAGGGAGAAUAAGGAGAAGCUGACAUGCAAAGGACCUCUUGUCCUCUGGAAUAUCGGCCUCGCCGUCUUCAGUAUUAUUGGAGCCACGAAAAUACCCCCCUGGCUCUUCUAUGCCACGUCGGAGAAGGGAUUCUACUAUAGCGUCUGCUCUUCUUCGUUCUAUGACGAAAAUCGUGAAACGAGCUACUGGCAUUUCCUCUUCGCCCUCUCCAAAGUGCUAGAAUUGGGCGAUACGGUAUUCCUCCUUCUCAAGAAGCAGCCCUUGAGGUUCCUGCAUUGGUAUCAUCACAUCACGGUUCUCAUCUUCUGCUGGCAAUCUCAAUCCGAGCACGCAUCGACAGGACUUUGGUUCUGUUCCAUGAAUCUGGUGGUGCAUUCCAUCAUGUACUCGUAUUUCGCAAGUAGGACCCUCGGAAUUAAUGUGGGGAGAGGGGUGGCCAUGUUCAUCACUGUCUUACAGAUCCUCCAGAUGGUAAUGGGUUUGGCACUCAGCCUCUCGGCAGGAUUCUUCAAGCUCCUUGGCAUCUCGUGCCAUGUCACUCCCUAUAAUGCUCUCUUGUCAGUCCUCAUGUACAUCUCUUAUUUGGCUCUCUUCGUAGCCUUCUUCCGAGACUCCUAUCUGAGGAAACCAAAGGUCGACACCAAGAAGGACUCGUGAUUCUGACCUUUCAACUUAAUCGCCAUGACUAGAUAAGUUGAAGGGCCUACUUUCUCACGAUGCACACAAAUGUUUUAUCGCAAACAGGAUUUUAGACUUAAACUUUCCAGGGGUGACAUUUUGAGGCCGCAAUUAAGGGAUAUUGAAUAAUCCGAAUCAAAAGAGUGACUGUUCCAGUAAUAUGGAAGCGAUGGGGCAAUAUUGUGAAUAUCGAUAUACUUAGAGUGGCAUAAUAUUGAUGUGAGAUGACUGAAUGCUCGUCACAGAAGAAUAUGAGGCCGACAAUCUUCAACGGAAAUGGUCAAGAUCCAGAAUAGUAAUUUCCUUACGCAUACAUUUAUUCAAAAGCUAACGCUUGUGUAGGUGAGGGUGGGUCACUUUUUCGUCAGUUCACAACUGAAGCAUUGUUAUUCCUAUGAAGCAUAUGGAACAUACGGGAGCAUGCAGAACUAUACGGAAGGUGUCUAUACUGGAUUAAGGUCAGCCCAUGCAACAUGUGCGAGCAGAAUUUGAAGUGCUGAAAGAGGACCUCUUUUGAUGACUUAAGUAGGUCUGGAAUUCUUUCCUCGGCUGCCAGUUCUCGCUCUACUUGGCAGCAUUUCAACGGAGCAUCUUCUAUGGAAUUCCUAGCUCUCAUGUUGGCUUUAUUGAGAAUUCGCUUCACUCUACGAUCCGUUUCAAGGUUGAGAAUGUCUCAUCUGUCGGUAUUGAACCUUACGCUUAUGAUUGCGCAUGAGCAGGACGCAAAAAGACUGCAGAGACAUCAUGAUCUGCAUUAGCAAAUCUCAGAUAUCUUUGGGGACAUCUCGUGUCGCGGCCAAUUGUGCCUCGAAUAGAGCAACCCAUGGUGCCCUAGCGCAUGCCAUUAACCCUUUCAGACCUGGCGUCCAUCCCAAUGGACAUUGCAUUUACAUUGUGUCUAUGGAAAUAUCUUAGGAUUCUCGAAACUUUGCGCUCCAUAUUACGCAACAAUGGGCGCAAUUAUGCAUGGCUCUGUUCCUUCAGAUGCCUUCUUUCACCCAUUAGUUUUGUAAUCUUCAGUUAUUUAAUUAAAUGUAUAAUACAUGAUAUAUGGUAUGAUAUGGUACAUUUCUACAAAAUAUGAAAACAACAUAUAACGCAUGAAAAUUUCAAUUACAAUCACAAAAGAGCUCAAAAAAGCAACAACAAAAAAUAUUAAUCCGAUAGCGGCCUUAAUUCAGGUCUGAAAGGGUUAACCUGAACGCGGGAUUAUAGGAAAAAUAAUCUGUAAUUUUAGUUCACAAGUGCAAAUAUUGAGCCAACAUUCCACCAAAUCCGAUCUCGGAAAGAAUCAAGAAAUUUCAGCAAAAGAAACUAAUGGCAAAUACUCGAGAUGUCGUUACGUCAAUAAGUGGGGGAAAAAACCAUAGACUGAAGAACAGCUUCCGCACACUCCGCGAUUUUGGCGGGAAUCACUCUUUUUCAACUUCAUGUUUCUGGUGCCACGGCAAGAACAUUGUACAGGUUGGGCCAAAAAAAGCCCCAAAUGCGAAGUUCAAUAACUUGGGCCCCGUUGAGCCAAUAUCAAUUGGCUCAACAAUAUCAAAGGCAAAAUGAAGCUUGUUCAAUUUUCCUUCGAAUGAUAUAAAAUUUUGGGGGGUGUGCUUCUGAGAAAUGGACGCUAUUACAGUUUUAAAAAAAGAGAAAAUAAAUUUUUCCUGAAAUGGGCUUUUACUCCAAGUUCCUUUUCCUCAACCUCGAAUUGAUCACUUACACGCACACAGAUUUAAUGACACAAAAAUGGUUCAAUGUGCCCUCCUCCACAAUUUACAACAGCCUCAUGUUACUCGACUCAUGAUCGCAUGAUCUCUCAUCAACCAAUCCGUAUCAUGCAGGGGCGCGUGGGAGAAGGGCGUGCGCGGGGGAAACAGGCGACAGCAGCAGCGCGACAUUGGAAAGAACUCAGAAAAGCUGUUUUCAGGAAAUUGUCUCGUCACUUUUUUUUAA